CCGUAGAACGUAACAGUAAAGGUGCAAAUUCAUGGGACGCUGAAAGCCAGCGUUGAGCGUCGUCGCGUGACGUCACUUGACGCUUGCGUCAAGAAAGAGAAGUUGGAUAUUUCCAACUUCAAGCGUCGAAACAGCGCAAGCAGCGUUGAGCCAGUAUAAUACAUGUGCAAUAAUCGCGCGAUAGAAAGGUUUUGGUGUAUUUCAAACAAAUAAACAUGGAAGAUGACUUUAGAAUUGUACACACUUGCGGAAUAUGCGAGGAAAUAUGUGAAGUCGAAAACUUUAAAAGUCAUUCCUGCUUGGAAGGAUACAAUAAUUACAUGAUUGAUGAAAAUACUUUAUAUUUUUAUCCAGUAUUAGAUGAUGGGACUACAAUUAUUAGACGCAGUGAAAUUAAUAAUCAGGAGAAAAUAGUAGCAGAACCAUUUCAACAAGUACGUACGUCAACUACAUUAAAUAAAACUAAAACAAGUAAAAGAACAUCAAAAUUUAAUUUUGACGACGAAGAAACGUUGAUACUCGAGGUACAAAACAGACCUUCACUAUGGAACUAUUCAUUAUCAUUAAGAGAGCGAAACGGAAAACUAAAAAAGCAAUGUUGGGAGGAAAUUGCUCAAAUUUUUAACGGAAAAUUUAGUACAGAAGAAUUAAAAAUCAGAUUUAAAUCACUUCACGACACAUAUAGAAAAAUUAUUCACUCGGAACAUCAGGCAAGUGGAUCUGCUCGACAAGACAUAACGAAAAAGUGGUCUCAUUAUGCAUCCAUGCAAUACCUUCGUGAUUCCUGCUUGUAUAAAACGACUAUGUCUAACAUUGGAAUUAAUGAAAGGAUACAUAAUCCAUCAAGUGCAAAUGAUGACGAAGAAGAAUUAGAAAGUAUUCAAACAGGUAUUGGAAAAGACUCAACCGAAAGAAGAAAAAAACCGAGAAAAGAGGAAACUACAAAUGCAAUCGAAAGAAUUGCCGAUGCUAUUUGCCAACCUAAUGAUUUUCUUUUACCUUCACCCCCUAUGCCGGAUGAAAUAGAUUCUUUUUUGUCUACUGUAGGACAUCGUUUAAGACGAAUGUCGCCUCGAGUACAAUUAGAUUUAAUGCAAGAGAUAUUUGACAUUACAUAUAGAGCAUUAAUAAGUAAAAAUGCGUAAAAAAUAUAUAUAACUUUUUUAAACGUGCAAAGUAAGAUAAAAAUAUUUUUGUUUUUGUUUUUUAUUAUAAUUAUUUUAUUUUAAAAUUUAUUAGGCAUAUGU